UUUUGACUGGUAGUGUAGCUGUUGAAAUUCCUUCUUUUUUUUGUGCUGGGGGAGAAUGCCCCCGGAUCCCCCUACUGGCUUUGGGCUAAGCCCCAAAUGUCUUCAAAUCCUAGGAACGCCCCUGAGUAAAACCUAAUCUUGUUUUCCCUGUUAGUGGCUUAUGCUAUUCAUGAACUGGUAACUACAAAAUGUGGUGAACAUUAAGAUGUGUGUAUAGCACUCUGAAAGUACCUUAUAAGACCUCUGUUCAUUCAUGUUACCUUCAUUACAUUCAUGGAAACGUAUCACUUUUCCUAGUAUUUUUGACUUUAUGUUUUGUUUACCCCAUAUGUAACUCUGUGUUGUUGUUCCAAUCCAGGCCAUGUUGAGUAUCUCUCAAAUACAUGUCUUGUUGCUAUUGAAAUGCUGCCGUCAUGUUUGAUAAUAAGAGGAAUGCCAUUGACUGGUGUGGGUUUUGUGCACUGGAUGACUUCUCAGCCAGGUUUGUCAUCAACUUAAUAGGUUAUGCCCAUUUCUAAAUCAAGUGUGAACUCCCCUCGGCCUGUCCAAUCUGCAAUUGAUUGAAUACCAGCCUUGGUGUUGGUGGAAAGACAUUUACUGAUACUGUAGGCCUAUAAUAAAGAGGGAUUACAGAAAAGUGUCAAUCUCCAUCUUAUUAUAUUUAAGAAUAUAUUAUAUUUCAACAAACUGAUGUUUUAGCUUGGCUGAUACAAUAGCUUUUCAAAAGGCUUCUCUGACUCAUCUCAUUAAAUAUUAAUUGUCAGGCAGGCAGCCAUUCUCUGCGGAUGCAUUGGUUUUGUGACCUCCCAGAUAAUCACAUAUUGAUUUUCCUUAUUCUAGUUUAUUAGCAUAGCCUAUGCUAUAUUCCUUUAGUGGAUGAUAUUAUAGGCCUAUUUGUGUUUCCAUCAUAAUUAUUUUGUUAAUUCAGCACCUGGAAAUCAUUGAAUAUUCAUUAACACGCUACAGGCAGUAGGCUAGAUGUUUAGGGUAGGUGUUAUCAUGAACCUGCGCUCUGCUCCAGUCUUCUUAUACGUCUUUGUUGAUCUAGUGUCUGCAGCAUCACCACAGGUGCUCUGUUCGCAUAGCCUAUUUCCCCCCAUGCAACAGACUGCCGCCUCAAUAUGGGAACUAAUUUCCACUGAGGAAGAACAGACUAACAUCAACAAUAUUGCAAAAUGACUCCUUAACGUUUUUUCGUAUGAAAAACAUGUUUUAUUCUUCAAACAUGCAAAACGACUCGGCACAACUGACAGACUGCGAUGUGGGACACAAUGCCAAAAUCAGUCUUGCGGCACUCUAUUCUCUCAUGUGCCUGUUUGGGACCAUUUUAAACCUUUUGGUUGUCUACCUGGUUGUGACAUUUAAGAAACUUCGGACGGCUAGCAAUGCGUUUAUUGUGAAUGGCUGUAUAGCCGACCUGUUGGUGUGCGCAUUUUGGAUGCCGCACGAGGCGGUGGGGAUUUAUUCUGGAAGUCCUUUCUCGGCUGGGUACCAAGCCAUCAAAGAUGCGCUCUUAUUCCUCGGCAUCACUGUCUCUCUUCUCUCCCAUUCCCUGAUCGCCAUCAACCGAUACGUGUUGAUUACCAAAUCACCAGUGACCUAUCUGUCCAUCUACCAAAAAAUACGCAUAGAAUGGAUGAUAAGCGCGUCGUGGCUUUCAGCGCUGGGAUUUAUUUUACCCUGGAUCACAUCUUUGCGGUACCCACAGAAAGGAUGCUCAUAUCUCCCGGCUUCCGCAGCAUCACUGCUCAAAGGAGGGAAACCCAUUUUCUCUGACCCAUUCGCAGCUGGUACCCUGGCGUUGACUAUUAUUGGUCAGACAAUGGUUGUUCUGUAUUGCUAUUUCAAAAUAUUUCGAAGGGUGCAGAUCAGUGUGAAGAGGGUCAGCAUAUUACAUUUCCCCAUCGUAAAUAACCUUCCAUAUUCGAACCCCAGAAAGGACAAACGUUUGGGGUUCUACGUGUUGGCAGUGUGUUUCAUAUUCAUACUCACUACACAGCCUCUUUUCUGGGUGUUAUCAAUAGCACGUUUUACCACAGUGCCAUUGGCACUAAGGACUUGUUCGUGGAUGAUUUUCUGCACUCUCUUUGUUACAAACCCAUUUCUCUACACGUGGAAGAACGAGGAGUUUAGAAAAUCUUUCAGAUCUGUGCUCAAGGGAGAAUUUUGGAGAGGGUCUACAGUUGGGGUUGAGCCCAUCACAGUUAAUACAAUAUCUCACCUUCUGCCAAGACAAAACAGUAGAAGGGCAUUUUUGGCUGAGAUAAAUUGAACUGCAAUGACAUUGGUCCCUGUAAGGAUACAUCCCUACGGUGUUUUAGAAAGCUUACCUGACAACUCAAUUGAAAAUGACACUAUUGGAUGCUCAGAAUUGUAAAAUGUUAGUGAUGCUGUUACAUUAUUAUUCUGUAGUUCCAUUAUGGAAUAAAGUGUAGGUCAACCAGAAGAACACUCAGCAAAUUAGUAAAUUGUUUAUAAAACAUUUGUGUAUCAAAUUCGCUUUUGUCUAUAUUCAUGUGUUUUUCAAUAUACAUUUUUAUGGACCAUGGUUGUAAUAAGCCUUUAUGCAAAUCGUAAAUCUGCUUGUGUGUUCAUUUUAAUAAAGCUGAAAUUAAAGUGCAAAAACGUUUUGUCACGUCUGGCUAUUACACUUGACUAGGUGCAGUG